CUCACACAUUAUCUCUUCCCUUUCUUUCCCUCUUUCCCUCCCCACCGAUGAGCCACUUCCCGCUCACCGCCCGCCGGAGACUACCUUCUCCGCCCACCAGCCCAUUUUAUGCCAACCUCGCCGCCGCCACAGGCCGGGCAUAACAGGAGUCACCGACGACGCCGGAGAGGUGAAAAAAAGAAAGAAGCAAAUAUAUAUCUAUUGAUUGGAGGAAUAGGAGACGAUGUCGACGUCGACGGAGAGCUCCUCCAUCGGCGCCGCCUCCUCCGGCAUCUCCUCCGCUGGCGAAUUGGAAGAGGAGGAGGAGGUGGAGAGCCAUAAGGAGGAGAAUCCUCUUGCCUGUUUCCAAUCCUUAGAAGAAUCUCUUCCUAUCAAGAGGGGCAUUUCCAGCUUCUUCUCGGGGAAAUCGAAGUCGUUUCUGAGCCUAUCGGAGGCGGCCAUGGCCACCGCCACCGCGGGGGACCUUCUAAAGCCCGAGCACGGCUUUAACAAGCGCCGGAGGAUUCUCUCCGUCAGCAGGAUUAGGAGGAGAGGAGCUUCCUGCAUCUCUCUUGGGGCUACUUGUCCGCCAUUAAUGGAGGAAGAAGAAAAACCAGAAGAAGAAGAAGAAGAAGAAGAGAGCGGAAGUAGCUUCGCGAGCUCCUCUUCUUCUUCUUCCUUGAUCGCUGCUGAUUCAAAACCAAUUGAUAAGAAGGCGUUUAGAUCUCCGAGAUGCUUCUCCCUUUCAGAUCUCCAACGCGCUUAGAGUUCUUGAUAAAAAUUAUUAUUAUUUUUUUGUUAUUUUUCUUCCUUUUUACCUUGAUCGAGAGAAUCUAUUGUGAAAGGGCCUGCGUCGAAGGCCCUUCAUUUUAGAUUUUUUCGGUUUUCUUCCCCCUCUCUGUAAUUACAGUAGUUGAUAAAAUUGGGAUUUUGUUUUGUUUAAA